CCUACCGCUGGUUUCGCAAAGCUUGGUGCAGAUGUUCAAAGCGUGUUUGUUGGGAAUUGGUUUGGAAAACCAGAAUUCAAAUAGUGUUGGCCAAAUAAAUCUUCAGAAUAGUAGUAGUAGUAGUAGUACUAUCCGCGCAAGCCUCUGGCAAUCCCGCUUAUUGUGCGCAUCCUUCCUACGCCUCUG